CAACGCGGUGGCGUCACUUCCGGCGCAGUCGUCCGAGAGGGAAGGCGCCAUGCUUUCGGUGCCGGGCAGCGGGGCCGGCUCGUCUUCGGGCUUCGGCCCGGGCGAGGCGGCUUCGGGCGGCGGCAGCGACUUCCUGACGCGCUACCGGCUGGUGUCGUCCAAGCUGCGCAAGCGCUUCCUGCGCAAGCCGAACGUGUCGGAGGCGUCGGAGCAGUUCGCGGCGCUGGCGCGGGAGCUGCGCGCCCAGGAGAGCCUGCCCUACGCGGCCUGGUGCCAGCUGGCGGUGGCGCGCUGCGCCCAGAGCCUGGGCCACCCGGCGGGCGAGGCGGCGGCGCUGGCCGAGGCGGCGCGGCUCUGGCUGCGCCACGAGCGCGAGCUCCGCCUGCGGCAGGGCGCCGGGCUGGGCCUCUGCGAGCACCUGCCGGCCGCCCACGGCUGCGUGGCCUUCGCCGCCCGCCUCCACGUCGACCUGGGUCAGCCGGCGCUGGCGGCCGGCUUGUGGCUGGAGCUGGGCAACGAGCUGCGCUCCGCCGGCGAGCCGGGCCAAGCCGUGCCGGCCUUCCUGCGCGCCGCCGACCUGCUGGCCGCGGCCCACCUGCCCCUGGAGGCGCUGCACGGCCUGCGCGACGUGGCCUCCUGCCUGCUGCUCGGCCGCGACUACGACGGCGCCCUGGCGGUGCUCACGCAGGCCCAGCAGCUGGCCCAGGCAGGAGGAGGAGGAGGAGGAGGAGGAGGAGGAAGCGGCGCCCCGUCCAACGCUUCUUCCGCCUCGCUGCCCGGCGCUUUCCUGGACCACCUGCUCGGCUGCGAGGUCAGCCGCGUGCUGCUCCUGCUCCUGUUGCAGCCGCCGCCGUCCAAGCUGCUGCCCGAGCACGCUCAGAUCCUGGAGAAGUACUCUUGGGAGGCCCUGGACGCCGCCUCGGGCUACGUUCCGCCCGAGCUUUUCUUGCUCCUCCAGUCGGCCGUGAUGGCCUGCCAGGAGAAGGACUUGGACUCGCUGAAGGUUUUGCAGAAGGAGCUGUGGCCGCUGCUCACGGCGGAGCAGAACAACCUGCUGCACUUGGUGGUGCAGGAGAUGAUCAGCCCCUCCGGUCAGGGGUUCUGACUGUUGGGGCUCCUGGGGGUGGUUUUUUUUCUCUCAAGGCUCCAUCCAGGGAGAGGUCUUGUGGGAAUUGUUGAAGAACUUGGGCCAAACGUCCCACAAGAGGUCUGCAUAGUCGGUGGGAAGGAGGUGAAAUUUACAACGUUGUUCACAGGAAGAAAUGAGGACACUUACGGACCCAUUAUGUUGGAUUGCUGCCAUUUCUAAACAUUCUUUGCCUCUGCCAGGAGUUGUGUUCUGACGUCCCUGCUUCUUUCUACCUUGUCAUUGUCUGAACUUAAAUUAUGAGCUUGAGAGAACUGCACAUGUUGGCCCGUAUUUUAUUUUGCGGCUUUUUAGAAUUCUUCCUUCAUCCACAGGCCCCGAGUGAAAAUUAUAUGACAUUCGCAAUGUUGGCUUGAAAACUGAUCAGCACGUUUCUCUUGUUUUGAGAUGACGGAAAGCUUUAUACCAUUUUGAUAUAUUGUGUCCUUCUCAGCGCUGUGCUUCUGAUGGAAGCUACAUUAAAAUCGACAUGGGUGACGUGAACAACAGUUUGGGAGAGUGGAAGGAGUUUCAAAAUAUUUCUGUAUUUGAACCCACAUGUAAGCUGUGUUCUCAGGGUUCUGUACUGGAUUCAUUUCUGCCUUGAAAUAAUCUGAAUGUUUACCUUGCCCGAGUCUUAGCUUGUUGUGUAAUUUAAUUUGGAUCUGACAUGAGUUCUUUGAAAAUAAACUGGUUUCUUAAUAGG